AGGCGAGAGCAGCCUCUGGAAGUGCGGAGACGCUGCGUGAGGAGCCCUCGGCGACUCCAGUCCAGUCUCGGCGCGGGGUACCCUGGAGGCGGACCGAAGGCUGGCCGAGGACUCUGCCCACCGCUGGCGCGGGGAGGAGAGCGAGAACCGCCUGAGCCGGGUGUACCUCUCGCGCCCUGCGUUCCCAGCCUGGCCCUCAGCCCGCGGCGCUGAAAAAGGGGCGGGGGAUCGGAGUUGGCGGGGAGAUCCAGGUGAAUUAGGUUUCUCUGCAGAUGCAGCGCCGUUCAACCCUGCGAACGCACACUUUUUGAAACAUGAAGAAAUUAAGGCUUAAGGAACUAGAGAGUCACCUGCAACAAGUGGAUGGAUUCGAAAAGCCCAAGCUCCUUCUAGAACAGUAUCCAACCAGGCCGCACAUUGCAGCAUGUAUGCUCUAUACAAUUCAUAACACAUAUGAUGACAUUGAAAAUAAAGUGGUUGCAGAUCUAGGAUGCGGCUGUGGAGUGCUUAGCAUCGGAACUGCAAUGCUGGGAGCAGGGUUGUGUGUUGGAUUUGACAUAGAUGAAGAUGCAUUGGAAAUAUUUAAUAGGAAUGUAGAAGAGUUUGAGUUAACAAAUGUUGACAUGGUUCAGUGUGAUGUGUGCUCAUUAUCUAACAGAAUGUCCAAGUCAUUUGAUACAGUAAUUAUGAAUCCUCCCUUUGGGACCAAAAAUAAUAAAGGGACAGAUAUGGCCUUUCUGAAGACUGCUUUGGAAAUGGCAAGAACAGCAGUAUAUUCUUUACACAAAUCCUCAACUAGAGAACAUAUUCAAAAGAAAGCUGCAGAAUGGAAAAUCAAGAUAGAUAUUAUUGCAGAGCUACGAUAUGACCUGCCGGCAUCAUACAAGUUUCAUAAAAGAAAAUCAGUGGACAUUGAAGUGGACCUAAUUCGGUUUUCUUUUUAAAAGCCUCCAAAGACAAAAGCAGCU